AUGGAUGACCAAAUCAAAAGUAUUAAGAAGGAAAAGACCGAUAAGCAGGUCACAAAGCGCCACACAUGGAAAUCUUCAGAGGACAAAAUAUUGCUGAACAUACUAAAAGAUCAAACUAUAAAUGGAGGGAAGGAAGGAACAGGAUACACAAAAAAAGCAUGGCGUGAAAUCCUAGAACAGUUCAAUGAGUCAAAGGUAGACAAACUUGAGUUGCAACAAAUAAAAAAUCGUCAUAAGUACUACAGGAGUUGUUAUGCUACCAUGGACAGACUUCUAAAACACACAGGAUUUGGUUGGGAUGACGAUGACAAAAUGAUCAAAGCUCCAGAAGAAAAAUGGGCGGAACUCAUUUUGAAGGAUAAGAAUAUUCAAGAAUACCGUGAUAAAGUGUGGCCUAGUUGGAUAGACCUGCAAGACAUAUGUGCGAGCUCUACUGCAUCCGGACUAGGUGCUGUAUCUAGCAAAGGGAAAGGUGAAGCACAUAUUGAUCUGAAUGAGGUAGUACAAGUAGAAUCUGAUGAAAUAAAUGAUUCCACUAUUGAUUGUCCUAAGAAGCCUAAUAGCAAUAAGGCAGAGAAAAAGAAGAAGUGCAAUGCAAGUGGAUCACAAGAACCUUCAAAGGGGCAUAAGCGAUCAGCUGAUGAUGCUAUAAACGCAAUUGAUCGCCUAGCGGACGCAUCACUCAUCAUCGCUGAAUCAAAGAAAAAUGCAGCACAACAGAUAGAAGCUUACUCAGUCAAAGCAUGUAUGAAGAUAUUAAAUAGCAUGCCUGGACUUGAGGCAAAUAAAAAAUUGAAAGCUGCAGAAGCAUUUGAACAUGCCAAUAAAAGGGCGAUUUUCGUGGAGAUGGAUGAAGAGACUCGGUCUCUUUGGGUUGACAAUGCGUAG